CAACCCUAGAUCUAACCCUAGAUCUACCUCUACCUCUAUCUCAACCAAUUCUUUUCCUUUUCGAUUUCGUCCAGAGAACACCGAUCCCGCCAAAAUGCCAUCAACCACAGCCCCCCACCCGGCGCAACGCACCGUCGAACCCCACCCGACCCCGCCCCAGGACCCUCGCACGCACCAACUCUCCUACGCCCCGAACCCGGACGCCUCCCUCCCGCUCUCCCCGGCCCGCCAAGCCAUCCAGCACCACAUCCUGAAUUUAUACGGCGGCAGCGCCUCCGAAUCCGACAUGCAGGUCUACGCCGAGCAAGCCGUCUACGACGACCCCCUCAGCUACUGCGACACGCGCUAUAAGAUUGCGGGCCAGUGGUACGGGAUCCCCAAGCUGUUCGCGCGGUCGGAGACGCUGGCCACCGAGGUGGUGCCGUCGCCGGCCGACGAGCUGGUGUGGAAGCAGCGCCAGCGGUAUACGGUGGCGGGGCUGCAUGCGUCCAAGGUGGUGGAUAGCCUGGUGAGUUUGCGGCUGGAGCCGUCCGGUGAUGCCGGGGCCGAGCAGGUGGUGUAUCAUAAGGAUAUGUGGAAUGAGAAGGACUAUGAUCAUGAGGGAUUUGGGGCGUGGGUCAAGAAGUUGAAUGGGGAUAAGUUGACGCAUGUUACGAAGCCGCCGGAGUCGAUUUAGGGGGGUGGACUCUGUACUGGAGGGGUGUGUUGAGGUAGAUACGGUAGGGCUUGUGGGGUGUUGCAGAUGUGAAUACGUAUGCGGAAGUCUCUGUGUUUGAACAGUGCAGUGCAGCUGCAAGGUGCAGUACAGUAGAGCUGUGCUGGACUCUUAGGAUUGUGGAGGAGAUACUAGAGAAAUAUCUUUUGUGUGUACAGUACGAUAAUUUGUUG